AUGUCGCUUUCUGAAUAUUUCACACCAGUAGCAGAUGCGUCUGUUACGUUCGAUGGUGCAAAUAUUCAAUUGAGCGGGGAUUUCAUCUCUGAAAACAACGCCGGCGAAAAGGCGGAUGGUUACGUCAACGACCUGACUUUUCAAGCGGAAGGUGGUGAAAUGGUGCUUGUUUUGGGUAACCCAACAUCAGCCGUGUUCAAGUCCUUAUUCCACGCGGCUAAAAAUCUAGAAUACUCACCAGAGGGAUCUAUUCACUUCAAAAACAACGAGUUCAAAGAGUAUGGUAAGAAAUGUCCACAUCAGACCAUCUACAGUAACGAACAGGAUGUUCAUUUCCCGUUCUUGACCGUCAAACAAACUGUGGACUUCGCUCUGAGUUGCAAGUUCGAUCUUUCUAAAGAGGAACGUGAGAAAAUAAGAAACGAUAUCUUGAAAGAGUUUGGGUUGUUGCACGUUUCGGACACAAUCAUCGGUAACGAUUUUGUCCGUGGUAUCUCCGGUGGGGAAAGGAAACGUAUUUCCAUUAUUGAAACUUUCAUUGCCAACGGGUCCGUCUACCUAUGGGAUAACUCCACCAAGGGGCUGGACUCUGCUACAGCCUUGGAUUUCCUUACUAUCCUAAAGCGUAUGGCUAGAACGACUAAGUCGGUUAACUUCGUCAAGAUCUCACAGGCCUCUGACAAGAUUGUUGAGAAAUUUGACAAGAUUCUGAUGCUUACCGACAACUAUCAAGUGUUUUACGGUACAGUUGACGAAUGUUUGUCGUACUACCGUGAUCAAUUGGGUAUCAGGAAAGAUCCUAACGACUGUAUCAUCGAAUACCUAACUUCCAUUCUGAACUUCCAGUUCAACCAGAGUCCCUUUGCUAAUACUAUUUUGAACAGCAGCGAAAGUGUUCUGAACAAAGGGAUGGACAGAAGCAAGGAAGACCUUUCAACUUCUUACCACUCCUUACAAUUUACAUCAGAUACAGACCUGUAUCGUCAAUGGAUUGAGUCGGAAUACUAUUCGCAUUGGAAGGAUGUCACAUCCAACCACCUGCAGGCCAAUGGUACUGUAAGUGGCAUUAACCCAGAUGACAUAACUCCUAUAUUCAAGAUACCUUUGAAGCAACAGUUGAUGUUGGUGACUAAGAGAGCUUUCCAGAGAAGUCUGGGGGACAAGUUUUACUUGAUUGCACUGCUAAUUUCCAUUGUAGUCCAAUCCUUGGUCAUCGGGUCUCUUUUCUACGAUAUUCCAAAGACUACGAUCGGGUCCUUCUCCAGAGGUUCGUUAACCUUUUUCUCCAUCCUGUUUUUCACCUUCCUUUCCUUGGCCGAAAUGCCCGCUGCCUUCCAACGACAACCUGUGAUCAACAAACAAUGCCAACUGCACUUUUACUACCCUUGGAUAGAAGCCGCUGCUACCACCGUGUUUGAUUACUGUUACAAACUGUUAUUGGUCGUACUUUUCAGUAUUUUGCUCUACUUCAUUGCCCAUCUUCAAUUCAGUGCUGCCAGGUACUUCAUAUUCUUACUGUUCAUUGCGAUCUAUAACUUCAGCAUGGUAUCCUUAUUUUCCUUGACUGCUUUAGUUAGUCCAACUCUGUCGAUUGCCAAUCUACUCGCUGGUAUACUGCUGUUGGCUAUUGCCAUGUAUGCUUCCUACGUCAUUUAUCUGAAGGACAUGCAUCCAUGGUUUGUGUGGAUCGCCUACUUGAAUCCCGCAAUGUACGCUAUGGAGGCUGUUUUGACCAACGAGCUUUUUGAUCUGAAAUUGGACUGUACAGAAUCUGUGGUUCCUAGAGGCGUUACUUACGAGAACGUCUCAUUUGCGAACAGAGCUUGUGCCUGGCAAGGUGCCACUCUAGGUAACAACUAUGUUAGAGGUCGUGACUACCUACACGAUGGGUUGUCGUACACAUAUAAACACGUCUGGAGAAACUUUGGUAUUCUAAUUGGGUUUAUCUGCUUCUUCAUUGCCUGUUGCUUGUUGGCCGCCCAAUACAUAAAGCCGAUUUACAACGAUCCUGCUGCCAAGAGAGCCUUUAUGGAAAGAUUCCUGCCAUUUUUACCCCAGAGAUGCUCCAAAAGUCAAAAAUCGAAUGUCCAAAGAAUCCGAAGUAGCUCUUCAGUUGAUUCAAGCAUCUCAGAAUAUAAUGUGUUCGAUAACGGUAAAUUAAGUGCUAUGGGAGAGAUCAACGAGUCUGGUAGACUAGAACACGUCGACGGUCAGAAACAUGUUAUUUCUUGGAAGGGAAUCAACUACACUGUAGCCGGAGACAAAACAUUGAUUCACAACGUUUCCGGUUACAUCAGUUCCGGGUUGACUGCACUGAUGGGUGAGUCUGGUGCUGGUAAGACAACUUUGUUGAACAUCCUUUCGCAAAGAACCGAGACUGGUGUUGUUACUGGUGAACUACUAAUCGAUGGUAAACCACUGACCGAUAUCGCUGCAUUCAGAAGGAGUAUUGGGUUUGUUCAACAACAAGACGUGCACUUAGAUUUACUGACGGUAGAGGAAUCCCUAGAAAUUUCGUGCAACCUAAGAGGGGAUGGUGACAAAAACUAUAUCAGGACUAUCUCUGAGUUGCUGAAGUUGCCAUUGGAUAAACUGGUUGGAACAUUGACCCCUACGCAAAGAAAGCUACUGUCCAUUGGUGUCGAACUGGUAACCAAACCUUCGCUAUUGUUGUUCUUGGAUGAACCCACCUCGGGUCUAGAUGCAGAGGCUGCAUUGACAAUCGUUAAGUUUUUGAAGAAACUGUCGCUCCAGGGCCAAGCUAUUUUCUGUACCAUCCAUCAACCCAGUAAGAGUGUUAUCAACCAUUUUGACAAUAUUUUCCUUUUAAAGAGAGGCGGUGAAAACGUUUACUUCGGUCCAACAAAGGGCGCCUCCGCCUAUUUCUCCUCCUAUGACAAAAACUUAUCCUUUGACAAGGAAAAUGACAAUCCUGCUGACUUCAUUAUUGAUGUAGUGGGUAACAACGAUGACCAGGACUCUGCCAAAAGUAGAGGAAGCUGGGUUGAUAUCUGGGAACACUCUAACGAAAAAAUUGGAAUGAACCGCGAAUUGUUAUCGUUGGAAGAGAAAGCUAGGGAACAAAAUGUCGAUUUUACCAUGAAUGCGUGGAAACAACCUACAUACUGGGAACAACUGAAACUAAUCACUAAGAGGCAAUACCUUUGCACCAAGAGAGAUAGGACGUAUAUGGCUGCAAAGUACUUAUUGAAUUCGGGUGCUGGUCUGUUUAUUGGGUUUUCGUUUUGGGAUAUAAAGCACAAUAUUAAUGGUUUGCAAAAUUGUAUCUUUUUUUGCUUCAUGGCCCUUUGUGUUUCUUCCCCCUUGAUUAAUCAGGUCCAGGACAAAGCUUUAGUUUCCAAGGAAGUUUUCAUUGCAAGAGAAUCUAGAUCGAACACCUACCAUUGGUCAGUUUUGCUUCUAUCCCAGUUGUUGGUUGAAUUACCUUUAGCCAUCACAAGUUCUACCUUGUUUUUCGUCUGUGCCUUCUUCUGUUGUAAGUUCAACAACUCACCACCAAUUGCUGGUGUAUUCUUCCUGAACUACAUCCUUUUCUCUGCUUACUACCUGACAUUUGGUCUCUGGUUGAUAUACACGGCUCCUAAUUUACAAACAGCUGCUGUUUUUGUUGCCUUCUUCUACAGUUUCACUGCUUCCUUCUGUGGUGUUAUGCAGCCAUACAGUUUAUUCCCAAGGUUCUGGACCUUCAUGUACAGAGUCUCGCCAUACACUUACUUUGUCGAUACAUUUGUAAGUUUGCUACUUCACGACAGAAAGGUCCUGUGUGAUCUGAUGGAGUUUGUUCCCGGACAACCAUUAAAGGGUCAAAACUGUGGUCAGUUUAUGGCAGCCUACAUCGAGGAAUUCGGCGGUUACUUGAAGAAUCCGAAUACAUUCACAGUCUGCGCUUACUGUACGUAUACUACCGGUGACGACUUCUUAAAGGUGCAAGGCAUGGGUUACCACCACAGAUGGAGAAACUUUGGUAUUGAGUGUGCCUUUGUCGCGUUCAACAUAUUCGCCAUGUUCGCAGGGUACUACCUAACGUACAUUGCCAAGAUAUGGCCAAAGGUUUUCAAACAUUUCAGAGUGCUUAAAUUCAAGAAGUCGGCGCCCUCGCCCAAGGAAACAUCCGUUGUGUAA